AUGGCUUGGCUACAAACGGAGGGGGCGGGGAAGGCCGCACCGCCGAGCUCCGGAGCCGCCGCCGGAUCCCACGCAGCCUCCAGCUGUCGGGGAAACUCCUGCCUGGGCCACGUGACCCGCGCCCGCCAACCAGCGGCCGCGCCGGAGACUUCAAACGAGGCCAGCGCGGCCCAGCACUCGCGGCGAGUUCGCGGGCUGCCGCGUGGGGGUGGCCGCCGCAGCCUCAGGCGCGGUCACCGCCUCUCCGCCCGGUGCCGCCCGCUUCCUGUCGGCAUCCUGGGAGCCCCUCCAGCGAGAGAUGCUCUGUCAUCCUGCGCGAAGCCUGGUCCAAGGCGGGGGCCGGCGUUCAGAGGUCAGCCCGACUCCGGAGCAGAGUGCGCGACUGCGGUCUCCAGUGGUCUGGAACUAAACCUGCAGUGUCUCCGAGGUAUGCCUGUACUUAUAUCCAACACCCUGAUCUUGACAUUCCUUGACUUCCUUCAACCAGCCCCUUCCCAAAGCCACAGUCAGGACCAUGUUGCCUCCUUGAGCUCGUCUGUAUUAGCAUCUGACAUUCUACUGAAGUUAAUUGCAGUGUCCUUAACAGUCAUUUUUAAAAAAGGUAUUAGAAAAUUAUAUAACUUAUAUAAUUUAAGUAAUUUAUAUAAUUUAAGCAAGAUGUGUUAUUUAGAUUGACUCUGCAUAAACUUAAGCGUCACCUAGUAUUACAGCCAUAAAACAUGUAGAUUACUUAACUUCUCAGUGACUUGGUUUCUUCAUCUGUAAAAUGGGCAUUACCCUUUCCAUUCUUAGGAGGAUUAAAUUAGAAAAUACAUUUCAAGUGCUCAGAAUAGUUCUUGGCACAUUGUAAGCAUUCAACAUAGGAUAUAUAUUAUCA